AUGAAGGUGAUCGACAACCUCCGUCGAUUCAUCGCUUUCUGCCUCUGCACUGGAUCCCCGGACGACGUCGUCAGCACGUCUACAAGAAGCACCAUCAACGAACGUCCGAGCUCAUCUCUCCUAGAUAUCUUCAAAGACAGGGCCCAAGAACACAACACACAAUACCAAGAGGACCAAGAAGACCAAGAAGAAGAAGAAGAAGAAGAGGAAGAGGAAGAAGACAGUCUCAUUGACCCCUCUGCAGCGUGUCAUCAUCGCUCUCAAUCCCCUCGCCGUUCCCUCGUGGUUGGAACCCUCUACGGCCACCGACGUGGCCACGUCUCAUUCUGCGUCCAGAGUGACCCAGCCGUUCCUCCUCCCUUCCUCUACGAGAUCUCGGUGCCCACUGCCUUACUCGCUCGAGAGAUGAGCUCGGGGUUCGUCCGCAUGUCGUUGGAGUGCUCAUUUGCCUCACGUCGUUCGACUCGUUGUGGCGCAGGGCCGGUGUGGAAGGCGUACUGUAAUGGGCGUAAGGUUGGGUACGCGGUGAGGAGGAAACCGAGUGAGAAGGACUUGGUAGUUGUGCAGAGCUUGAGGUCCGUGUCGGCCGGUGCCGGUGUUAUGCUGGAGGACGUGAAAUCCGGGAAGGGGGAGGUCAUGUACGUGAGGGCUAGCUACGAGCGAGUUGUUGGCUCUCGUGACUCAGUGUCUUACCAUCUCAUCAACCCGGGUGGGAGCCCGUCUCAGGAACUCAGUGUCUUCUUGCUUCGUAAUAGGCACAGGUACUGA